AGAAUUUGACCGGAACUAUUGCUACCGGAACCAUCAAUGGCGGUAUCAUAAAUGGAUUGCCCAUGUCAAAAAAAAGAAAAUCUACAGAAAUCAAUGAAUCAGAUUCUGAUGCUACGAAAAUUGAUGAGUCGAAUGUUUCCAAUGCUCCUGAAGACGUUGAAGAUGUUCUUGUUGGAAACAAUAUUAUUGAUGGCGAACAAGCAAAAGAGCAUAAUCUUGAGAAAAUCUGGGAGUUUAAAGAACCAAUUCCUGGUUGGCUCAAACUGAUUCAUAAACAUCGCGAAGAUCUUGGCACCACAACCGACACAACUGAUUUCGAAUCACUGUCUCAAGUAGCAGAAACUGCCAUUUGGUGGCGUAUCAUAGACACAUGUAAUCCGAAAUUAGCUGAAAUUAUUACGGAACGAGAGUUUUUAAACCUAAGCGAGAGUUUACUUUCCAACCUUCCAUCGGACUGGGAUGUGUUAGAGCCACCAGUUGAAAGAUGCUUGCUCUCAAUUGCAAUGUUGGAUAAGAAAGGAUUGAAGAAGGUGGCCAAGACCGUAAUGCAUCAUGGUGUUUGUGGUGCUAUAAAUAAGAUUCGAAAGGUUUUGACUACUUCGAACAAAGUCGAAGAUGAAAACCCUUUCCUUGACUCCCCGCAUACUGAAAUCACAAUUUCCGAUAGUAUUGUUCAAGAUGAUGAUUAUAAACACCCAGAUGUCUGUUACACUAUUGAACUUCUUCGCUACACGUACAAUAUGAUCGAUAAAAAAAUACCGCAACGGGAAAAUUCGGAACGGGAUAUUGAUGUGAUUUUCAAGUCCCACAUGUUUUCUUGUUUUGAUGACAUUAUGGAUUUGCAUUUUGGAGAGAUGGUUUCCAGAGCUUCACGACAACGCCGUGCUCAAGCAAUUGAUGCUUCUGAUAAGGCGGAGGGUUACCACUUAGAUUGGCUUUUUACGAAACAUGAUCUUGCAAAAGAUCUUACCUGGGGGCGAGAAUUUUCACUUUGUGAAAGAGCGGGGUCCAAGAUUGAAAACGGAAGAAAAGUACUUGAUAAUACACUCAAGGUGCAAAAAACACUGCGAGAUAUGCAUCAGACGUUAUUAGAAACCUUGUCUAAUGCAGGCGGUGGAGCUGUUCCUGUCAAAGUCGUUCAAGCUUUCCGGAAACUACUUCUGCCUGGAUUUAUCUCAUCUCGGUUUUUUAUUCGGGUCUUGUUAAAUGUAUAUAUUGGUGGUAAAUACCAUGGAUCUAUCGUGCUAACAGAAUUUGAUGUACCCACUCAAUUUGAUGAAAUGAGCAAGAUUGUAACAAUAGCAAGGAUGAUGUUAAACGUUAAGAACAUUUUCAAGCAAACCAUAAAAACUUUCACUUUGAUGGAGGAAGCUUCCAAGAAGAAGAAACACUCUGUAGAAAAUGUGUUGGUGUCAUCGAGAGUCGAAGAGCAU